AGAGAGAGGAGGGGCUAGUGUGGUGAAUGGUUGAGUGAAGGAUUUUUAGAGCUAAGAUCACCAGAUAAGAGCGCUCUUCCCGAGUUAGCCCUGCAGCUGUAGACCUGCACAUUGUCUUUUUGUUCCUGUUCAUAAAAAAAAUGAAAUGGAUUAAAGUUACGCUUCUCUUCCGCGACUAAAGCACAUCCAAGAUGAGUGACCAGGACAGCAGUGCAUCAGCCUCCCAGACUGGAGACUUUGAUGAAGACACAAACAGUGAAUUAGAAGUGGACAGAGAUGACAGACACAGGGACAGACAUGUACCCAGUUUGUCCAGCUUCUCAUCCUCUCUGAGUGCUGUUAUACGCAUCAAACAGAAGUACCAGGCAAUGAAGAAACGCAGACAAGACCUUGCCCUGAGCCUUACAGCAGCAGGGACUCAAAUAGGGGCCCCGGUCAGGACCAGCCCUAAAAUCUUUACCUUUGAUGCCCUGAACGCCUCUGCCUACUCUUCACUGGAUAACACUAUUCAUCAGAAGAAAAAGCGGAGACGAAAGAAAAGGGUGCUGUUUCCCAAUAGUGGAGGACGCAGGGUCCCACCCAAACAGGAGCGCAGCCGGGCCAAACACUGCCUGUAUCUACUGCUCGCCAUUGUCUUUCUUCAGGUGUACAAUGCCAUAGAAAAUCUUGAUGAUCAUGUUCUCAAAUAUGACCUGGAGGGCCUGGAAAAGACAUUGCGUAGGGAGGUGUUUGGGCAGCAGGGGGCAGUGGAGGGUCUCAUGUCUCACCUACAGGACUAUCUGUCCACCUAUGUUCACAACAAGCCUCUGGUUGUGUCUGUGCAUGGGCCCAGUGGGGUGGGUAAAAGCCUCCUAGGUCGCCUCCUGGCUGGACACUUUCGAUCAGUGGUUGGGGAGGCUUUAGUGCUUCAGUACUACGUCCUUCACCACUGUCCCCAGGAGGCAGAUGCAGUCCAGUGUGCUCAGAACCUGUGUGGUCUGAUCUCUCAGAUGGUGCAGCGAGCAGAGGAGGAGGAAAAGAUCCCAUUAUUGAUUUUUGAUGAAGUCGAGUACAUGCAUCAAGAGAUAUUGGAUGCACUGUGGCAGCUUAUGGCCACAAAGCAAUCGAAUGAGUAUCUGAAUGUGAUCUACCUAUUUCUGAGCAACCUUGGCCAUGAGCAAAUUACAAAGCAUUUACUUCACAACUCAUCGAGUGACUCUGUAAGAGUCUCUGGUCAUGACUACCUGAUUAAGGAGCUGACCCCAAUUCUACGCAACACUCUGGACAUACUGCACCCCCUGUGGGCAGAGGCAGACAUUUUACCUCUGGGCCUUCUGGAAAAGGUUCAUGUAAUGGACUGCUUUCUGGAGGAAAUUACUCGAGAAGGCUUCUAUCCAGACCAUGCCAACAUAGAGCGGCUGGCAGGAGAGAUAGAAUAUUAUCCUGUUGUAGGGGGACAUGAAUACUCCCAGACAGGCUGCAAGCAGGUGGUGGCAAAAGUCAACCUACUAUAAAAUGUGAAUGCUCUAAGGAAAUGCCUAGAAUUCUUUCACCAAUGAAGACAUAAAACAUGAGAAGGACUUAAAAUUACAAAACUCGAAUGGCACAAUUAAAACAUUUCCCUUUAAAAGAGGUGAGGGGAUUGGUUUUCAUGGAGAAGAAACCUGAUUUACAAAAACCUAUAACCUGAAACUUCUGCCCUUUUUAAGAGAGUGAUGAAUGAAUGAAUGAUUAAGUGUAAAAACAGCAAAAAAUAAGCUUAACUGGACAUAAACAUUGAUAUUGUAUGGUAAACACUGGAAUGUUUUAUUUGCAUUUGUUUAGUAUUAAGACAGGUGUGCCAUAAGUGAUCCUGCUUGAACUGGAAGUUUACAUAUAUUUUAUUUUUUCAUGUAAACUUGUGCAAGUAUGAAAACACACACCCAUUUUACCCCAUGGCCUAAAAUUUUGUCAAAAUAUACAAAUCUACAAAAAAAUAAUACUUUUUCCAGAAAUUUUAAGAGAAAUUAUAAUUAGAUAUUUGUAUAUAUAUGCACCUCUCAAGAAUUUUCGUUAUUUGAGUUAGUUUUUUAUUUUUUUUUGAAGAGUGUGUUUUUGAGCACACAACAAACACGAGAAUUCUGAAUCACAAUUUAACCAAACUAAAAUAUAAUCACAAAGAUGGUUCUAGCUAUAUGAGUGGUCUGUAGGUGAUAUUAAGACUGUGAACGUGCCAGUAUUUCUAAAUGAGUACAUUUCCAAAUAUAAAUAAAAUUGCUCAAUUAAAAUAGUUAUACAUUUGGAAAUAAAACUGAGGCCAAACAUGAUAUUUUCUAGACAUUUUAUUAGUUUCUUAGUUGACAUUGGAAAAAAUGAGGUACUGUGUCUAAAUGACAUUGAAUUUGCCAUGUAUAUUCUGGAAAAAUAAAGUGUAACACUGAACAAA